AUGCCUAAGGCUAUCAAUGUACCUCCUCUGAAUCUAUCUAACUCUCGUAAUGCUUCACCUCAGAUUGGCACUCUCAGUGCUCGGUCCACCGAUUCUCCUAAAUCUCCACGCUCUCCUCCUCUAUCGCCUGCUCUCAAUGGUACCACCACGACUCUGGACAUGCAGAUAAGGGCAGAAAAUGGCCCUGCUUCGCCUAGGCUGGGCACCUCUCCAGAUGCUCCAGUUUCAUCAGGCAGGGUGUCGCCAAAGCAGCACUCUAGAGACGCUUCGAAAUCCUUUUUCUCUAAUAUCAUGGCUUCCAAAUCCACUCAAAAAUUGCUAGCGCAGUCCGAUCAGGGCAGCAUAGCAGAUACAUCGGUAAAAUCCAGUGGCAGAAGUCGAGGAAAUUCGAAAGAUAGGUCAACCUACUCUUUGAGGAAACAAACAUCUACACCUGAUCUACCUCGCCUGAUGACGGCUAACGAGCAACAAGACGACGGCAACAACCAAAUACCUCCUGCAUCUGCAGACGGCCCAAUGUCGAAGCAAAAGAGCAAGUCGAAACUCGGUGGCAUAUUGACAAGAUCCAGGUCAGGAAGGCCGGAAGACGAAAAGAAGCUUAAACAGAGGCCGUCAACACAACUCAAUUUCGAGAUAUCUCCUCCCUCAGAACAACAAAGCGACCACUACGCUACUCCUCUCAAGACUGCACCAAUCAAGAAUGGUUUCCGAGAUCAUGUAUACCCAGCUGAAGGAGCUGCAAUACGUAAUCGCUCUGCCGACCGAAUCGGCAACGAAGACCCGAGACCGAACGGACAUUCUGCUGCCGCUCCUCCACCACAACAGAGAGAAGGCUUGUUUGCUACUUUCCAGCAUACUGGUCGUGGGGUUGGUGAUCGACUAGGCAAAGCCGGAAGAGGUCUCUUCAACAAAAUGACAAGAAGUGGCAGUACGAACGAAAGAGAGCUUGUGCCUGACGAACACUAUUCAUGCACUACAAUCAAUCUGCCGUUGGUAAAGCAGACACGGAAGACCAGGAUAGCCAAACGGCUCGAUCAGUCCAACGAUAAAACUGAGUACUGGAUGCCUGCGUUGCCGUGGAGAUGUAUAGAUUAUCUCAACAUGCAGUGUGAGCAAGAAGGUCUAUAUCGUGUUCCAGGCAGUGGUCGAGACGUCAAAUUCUGGCAACGCCGCUUCGAUACCGAACGUGAUAUAAAUCUGUUCGAUGAGCCGGAGCUGUACGAUGUCAACACAAUCGCCUCUAUGUUCAAGGCCUGGUUACGUGACUUGCCCGACGAACUGUUCCCCAAGGCCACUCAAGCACGAAUAUCGAGAGAGUGCCAUGGCGCACAGCAAACACCACAAUUGUUGAAGGAUGAACUUUCUAAGCUACCACCAUUUAAUUACUAUUUACUCUUCGCCAUCACAUGUCAUUUGAGCUUAUUGCACAGCUAUGCCGACCAGAAUAAGAUGGAUUAUCGCAAUUUAUGCAUAUGCUUUCAACCCUGUUUAAAGAUUGAUGCAUUCUGCUUUCAGUUCUUGGUCAUUGAUUGGAAGGAGUGUUGGCAGCAAGGAUGCUGGACCGAAAAGGAUUAUCUAGCCGAGGAACUAAGACACGAUCGCGAGGGUUCUAUAAAGCAGCAUGAUGAACCGAGAAUGGUGGAUGACCGGGCUAUGAGUUCUAGGAGUGGCAGCAGCACAAAUUUGCCAGCCACAAGAGAUGGACCAAUCCGGAAGCCUGACAGUGCGUAUGGAAAUGCUCGUGGGACAUCACCAUCCGUGAUCCAACGGCCUCAGAAUCAGCUUCCACAAACGCAGAUGCCACCACCACAGCCCGUGCCUCUGAAACCAAAACAAAGGAGUCUAUCGGCGUCCGGUCAGGAGCGCACAAGGAUACCGAGUCACGGCCAUGCACAAACUGCUCCAGCAGUGCCCAGGUUAAUUGUCAAGACACCUGAACAAGAGUCGGAUGACAGGAAACAGGCCCGAAAAUUGCCCGAGCUUGGAAGUAUGUCUCCAAUCAGAAUGGAAUGA